GUGAAAAGAUAGAGGUUGGAUUCUACCAAAAAAAAAAAAGAGGUUGGUGACUGUUUACCAGCAUUUCCAGCACCAGCACAGAAAAAGCAAGAGUCUCCCAUUGCUUUUAUUCACACACAAAAAAAUAGAAGAAAAAGAGUUUCUCUUGUUCAACCAUUCAUAUAUAGUAUUGGAUUCGAAAUUCAAAUUCCGAAUUGGAUUAGAAUUCAAAUUCCGAAAUGCAGAGCAAGGGAUCGAAACACCGAUUUUCCACUAUGGCGAAUCGAUCCCGAAUUCCUUCACUAUUCAUCUCCAUGUUCGCCACUUUCGCUUCUAUCUACGUCGCCGGAAGGUUGUGGCAGGACGCACAGAAUCGUGUUUAUCUCAUCAAAGAGCUCGAUAGGAUCACUGGUCAGGGACAAUCUGCUAUAUCAGUGGAUGAUACAUUGAAGAUCAUAGCCUGCAGGGAACAACAUAAGAAGCUUGAUGCACUUAAGGUGGAACUUGAUGCUGCCAAAAAAGAGGGUUUUGUUUCAAAGGGAUUGAUUGAGAGCAAUGGGACUUACUCUAAGAGAAGGCCUUUGGUAGUCAUAGGUAUAUUGACAAAGUUUGGCCGCCAGAAGAAUAGAGAUGCCAUUCGCAAGGCUUGGAUGGGAAAUGGUGCAUCUUUGAAGAAAAUUGAAGAUGGAAAGGGCAUCAUUCUGCGAUUUGUUAUUGGUAGAAGUGCAAAUCGCGGGGACAGUCAAGAUAAAGACAUUGAUCGUGAGAAUGGGUUGACGAAUGACUUCCUAAUUCUAGAGGAUCACGUGGAAGGAUCCCAGGGGAACGCAGAGAAGGCUAAAUUGUUUUUUGCUCACGCCGCAGAUGAAUGGGAUGCGGAGUUUUAUGCCAAAGUCAAUGAUGAUGUUUAUGUAAAUAUUGAUGCCUUGGGAGCUACACUUGCAACUCAUUUGGACAAACCUCGGAUUUACAUGGGAUGCAUGAAAUCAGGCGAAGUUUUCUCUGAACAGAACCAUAAAUGGUAUGAACCAGAGUGGUGGAAGUUUGGUGACAAAAAAUCAUACUUUCGUCAUGCAUCGGGAGAGAUGUAUGUUAUAUCACAAGCUUUGGCUAAAUUCAUAUCAAUAAACAGAUCCAUUCUUCGUACCUAUGCACAUGAUGACGUGAGUGCUGGAUCCUGGUUUAUUGGACUUGAUGUGAAGCAUAUUGACGAGACAAACUUUUGUUGCUCUUCUUGGUCAACAGGAGCAAUUUGUGCAGGUGUUUGAGUUUAUUCCAGUGCAUAAUUGUGAGAUGACUACCAGUUGUAAUACUCAAGAGCCAUCAGUUGUUAGACGCUUUUCCACAGAUCUGUGAACUCUAUUGAAAACUGAGACUUUCCUGGAAAGUUGCCUCUAGAUUUGAAGUGCAUCCUUACAUUAACGUGUAAGCACAGUUGGCGAAUUGUUGAUCGGUUCAAGGUUUACUAGCAGUCAUUACUUAAGGCAUCUGGCAUAGUAUACACCAAAAGAUUUACCUCUCUACUUAUAAGUUGUUUGAUAUCAUUUUAUGGUUCUUUCAUUCGUUCAUUGUAUAGGAGAGGAAGAUAUCGGCAGAAGAAUUUCCAAAUUGUAUUUUAAAGUAUUUCUGUGGGGACAUGGUGGCAUGUGGAGAGACUUCGUAUUUUUUGUACAUAGUAUAGUAAAUAUGAGUCAUGAUUAUGUUUUGGACGAAGACUAGGGUGAACAAGUGCUUCAUGUGGUCCCCUAGUUCAAAGUUUUUUUUUGUAAUACUAUUUUGAAGUUCUUUUGUU